ACGCAGGGACUGCAGGCCCCGGCUAACUCGUCAGCACAGAAUCCGCCAGAGAUUGACGAGAGCCUCUACUCUAGACAACUCUACGUGCUCGGGCGCGACGCCAUGUUACGCAUGGCACAAUCGGACGUGCUGAUAUCCGGUAUGGGGGGACUGGGCGUGGAGAUCGCCAAGAACGUCGUUCUGGGGGGCGUCAAGUCGGUCACCAUUCACGACACGGCCGUUUGCACACGAGACGAUCUUUCAUCGCAGUACUACCUAUGCGAGGAGAACCUGGGCGAGAACAGAGCCUCCGCUUCCGAGCCAUGGCUGACGCGACUUAACCAAUACGUGUGUGUGAAGACCUAUACGAAGCCGCUGUCCCCGGACUUUGUGCAGAACUUCAGUGUGGUGGUACUGACCGAGACUCCGCUGGAACAGCAACAGCUCAUUUCGGACUUCACCCACGGCAACAACAUUUCUCUCAUUGUGGCCGAUACCCGGGGCCUUGCUGGGCAGAUAUUCUGCGACUUCGGCGAAGACUUCCGAGUGCUGGACACGAACGGAGAGCAGCCGCUGUCUAUAUUGAUCGAUUCCAUCACCAAGGACGAGGAGGGCGUGGUUACCUGCCUGGACAGAAUGCGGCACGGCUUCGAAGACGGAGACUACGUCACCUUCUCUGAAGUCAAGGGCAUGGCCGAGAUAAACAACUGCCCACCGAUGAAAAUCAAGGUGCUCGGUCCCUACACAUUCUCCAUCGGCGACACAACGCAGUUCGGUGAAUACACCCUAGGCGGCGUCGCAACCCAAGUAAAGAUGCCAAAGGACAUCAAGUUUAAAUCUUUAAGAGAGUCCAUGGCUGAGCCGGACUUCGUCAUUUCGGACUUCGCCAAAGUGAACCGUGCGCCGCAGCUUCACCUGGGUUUCCAGGCUCUUCACGAAUUUCACGAGUUGCACUCGCGCCUUCCUCGGCCAUGGAACAAGGACGAUGCAGCGGAGGUUGUCCAACUAGCCAAGAACAAGAACGCUGCUAAGGCCACACCACUGGAAAGUGUAGACGAGAAGCUGAUCACGACCCUGUCAUGCGUAUCAGCGGGCUCCCUGUGUCCCAUGCAGGCAGUGAUAGGAAGCAUCGCCGCCCAGGAAGUGAUGAAGGCUUGCAGUGGAAAGUUCAUGCCGAUCCAGCAAUGGCUCUAUUUCGACGCUUUCGAGUGCCUCCCAAAGGGCGGAGACGUUUUGGAAGCGGCUGCCAACGCAAUGGAGCGCACCCGUUACGCUGCACAGACCCGGGUUUUCGGAGUCGAUGUGCAGGACCAGCUGAUGGCUCAAAACUACUUUGUGGUUGGCGCUGGAGCUAUUGGCUGCGAGCUUCUCAAGAACUUCGCCAUGAUGGGCAUUGGGGCAAGUGACGGCCUCAUUCACGUGACAGACAUGGACGUCAUCGAGCGGUCCAAUCUCAACAGGCAGUUCCUGUUCCGACCCGAAGACGUCGGCCGCAUGAAGUCGACCACAGCCGCGAAAGCUGUCGUUGAAAUGAACCCCGACGUGAACAUCGCAGUCCACGAGGACAGAGUGGGUCCAGAAACGGAGAACGUAUACAACGACGACUUCUUCGGUUCUCUCCACGGCGUGGCCAAUGCACUGGACAACGUGGACGCGCGCCAGUACAUGGAUAAGCGCUGCGUGUACUACCGCAAGCCGCUGCUCGAGUCCGGCACCAUGGGCACUAAGGGAAAUGUCCAAGUGGUGAAGCCGGACUUGACCGAAUCCUACUCGUCCUCCCACGAUCCGCCCGAGAAGUCGGUACCCGUCUGCACAAUCAAGCAUUUUCCAAAUAACAUCGAGCACACCCUGCAGUGGGCACGAGAUGAAUUCGAAGGUCUGUUCAAGCAGUCUGCAGCAAGUGCUGUCCAGUACUUAAGUGACCCUCAUUUUCGGCUGAAGAUCCUACAAACGCUGCCACUGAACCAGAAAGUGGUGCUAAUGGAAGAAAUGAAGAAGAUUCUGGUCGACGAGCGAGCGAUUGUUUUCGACGACUGCGUCGCCUUCGCCAGGCUGCGGUUCCAGGAGCAGUACAGCAACCAGAUACGACAGCUGCUCCGAAACUUUCCCGAGAACCACACUACAACCUCUGGUACUCUUUUCUGGUCUGGCCACAAACGAUGUCCUCAUCCCAUCGAAUUUGACCCCGACAACACGCUGCACAUGGACUACAUCGUGGCUGCAGCGAACCUGCGGGCAACUAUGUUCGGCAUUCCGUGCAUCACGGACCGUCAGGCGAUCGCCGCCAUGCUCAAGGAGGUUGAAGUCCCAGCAUUCGAUCCGCAACCAAACGCGCAAACAGCCGUGAACGUCAACGACGCAAACGCACAGCCUGUAGCGCAGCAGGUCGUACCACCACCGAACGACGAGGAGCGCUUGGUGCAACUGCUGGAAGAGUUGCCCGUUCCGGAGAAACUCCAGGAUGUGACACUGACGACGCUGGAGUUCGAGAAGGACGACGACACCAACUUCCACAUGGACUUCAUCGUCGCGGCCUCGAACCUGCGUGCCGCCAACUACGACAUCGAGCCAGCCGAUCGGCUCCAGAGCAAGCUCAUCGCGGGCAAGAUCAUCCCGGCCAUCGCCACCACCACUUCGCUCGUGGCGGGUCUCGCCUGCCUCGAGCUGUACAAGCUGGCUCAGGAUCACAACGAGCUGGAGUUGUACAAGAACGGUUUCGUCAACCUGGCGUUGCCUUUCUUCGGCUUCUCGGAACCGAUAACUCCCGUGAAGAAAAAGUUUCGAGACCUUGAGUUCUCCCUAUGGACAACGCUUGACAUUCAAGGCGAGCUCACCCUUCAACACUUCAUCGAUAAUUUCCAGAACGAGUAUAAAGUCGAAAUCAUCAUACUGGCUGAGGGAGCCCUGCUACUGUAUGCCAACUUCAUGCCCCCGCCGGCGAGACGUCUUAAGAUGACCCUGAGCGAAGUGGUGGAGGAGGUGUCCAAGAAAAAGAUCGACCCAGGAAAGCGCGCCCUGAUGCUUCAAGUGAUGUGCGCCGAUUCUGACGGUAACGAAAUAGAGGCGCCCAUGGUACGCUACUUGCUACCGACGCAAGAGCAAGAAAUUGCCGUCCCUCCAGUCUGAACGGCAAAAAGAGAAAGCCACUAUCGACGCCAUUUCUACCACGCCACUUCACAGCCCGCGUCGAUGCCUUCUCGAAAGCCGAAGCGAGCGACAAGCCCCUUUUUCAUCUCAUCGACGUCCAUGUCACCUGGAAUUGGAUGUUCUCCACUAAGGCCCCGCCCCUUCAUCUUUAAAUUGACACAAAUUACAGCAGUGAAAUCCGA